AUGAACCCAGCUUGCAUCGCAUGCCCACUCUACGACUCCACUCGCCUGCGCCGCAUCGUCCUCAACCCCGACGUUCUCCUCCUCCACCGCGGCAUCGUCCUCAACCACUCCGGCGGCUCCUCCCCCCAUACUAGUGCCUGCACCUAUCCCGGUUGUUCUCUCUUUCGCUGUGGCCUCCAUGCAUCCGGAGAGGGAGAGCAACGACGACGGCUUCCCCACGUCCCCGUGAGCUGGUGCUGGGCGGGGUGUAGGGGUGAGCUGGCGAUGGGCGAAUCCGAGGUGCUGGGGGCCGGCGAGGUUGGUGGCGGGCAGAUCCCAUGCAUGUGGGAGGCAGGGUGAGUCGUUGCACGGAGAGUGGAGGAAAGGGACGCGGGGACGGACGGGAUCGGCUUAGGGGGCGGCGAGGUUGGGGCAAGUAGAUCCCGUGCACGUGGGAGACGGGGCGAGUCUUGCACGAUGAGUGGAGGGAAGGGACGUGGAGACGGACAGAAUCGGCUUAGCAUAUCUAUUUUUCUUUUUUUUUCUUUUUUAUAUGGGGGAGAGCGGGGGAAGGCCCGGCGUCAGAAUGCACUCACGCGCCGGACGUCUGGGCGCUAGCAAGGCCGCUUUUUUAAUUAUAUUUUCUAUAAACUACAACGGCAAGUUUCAUUCGAGCCCACUUGUAAUGGACUCGGCCCAAGUAACAUUUGGAAGCAAAUUACAACGGCACGCGUAUAAAA